UACUUAAGGCGUCGUGGCCUCGCCUGCCCCGCCUUAGCUCCCGCGCUAGAGAGAAACAUGUAUCGUUUCCGAUCACAGCUCUUCACGGGGAUUUCUGCUGCCGCCACCACCCACUCUCACCCUCGCCGCUUCUCGCCUCUGUUGUUAGUUGAAGACUCGCCUCUUAGUUGCCCGCCGCACAGACGCACGAGUAAAAAGUGCAGCUCCAUCGGCUGAUCCUCGCUAAGCUCCGAGUUCAGGCGGCACCGGGCGUCCCACGAUGCCGAAGAAUAAGAAGCGGAACACUCCCCACCGCGGUGGUAGUGGCGGUGGCAACACAGGGGCAGUUGCAGCUACUGCGGCUACAGCAGGUGGCCAGCACCGAAUUGUUCAGCCUUUUAGUGAUGAGGACGCAUCGAUUGAAACAAUGAGCCAUUGCAGUGGUUACAGUGAUCCUUCCAGUUUUGCUGAGGAUGGACCAGAAGUCCUUGAUGAGGAAGGAACUCAAGAAGACUUAGAGUACAAGUUGAAGGGCUUCAUUGAUUUGACACUGGAUAAGAGUGCAAAGACAAGACAGGCAGCUCUUGAAGGUAUUAAAAAUGCAGUGUCUUCAAAAAUGCUUUAUGAAUUUAUCCUGGAAAGAAGAAUGACUUUAGCUGAUAGCAUUGAGCGUUGCCUUAAGAAAGGCAAGAGUGAUGAGCAGCGGGCUGCCGCAGCAUUGGCAUGCGUUCUUUGUAUUCAGCUGGGCCCCGGGAUUGAAAGUGAAGAGAUCUUAAAAACUCUUGGCCCAAUCCUAAAGAAAAUAAUUUGUGAUGGAGCAGCUAGUAUCCAGGCUAGGCAAACAUGUGCAACUUGCUUUGGUGUUUGCUGUUUUAUUGCCACAGAAGACAUUACUGAGCUGUAUUCCACCCUCGAAUGCUUGGAAAGUAUCUUCACCAAAUCAUAUCUGAAAGAGAAAGACACUAAUGGUCUCUGCAGCAGCCCUAACACAGUGCUGCAUGUCAGCGCGCUUCUGGCGUGGACCUUGUUACUGACCAUUUGCCCCAUCAAUGAAGUGAAGAAAAAGCUUGAGAUGCAUCUGCAUAAGCUUCCAAGCCUCCUCUCAUGUGAUGAUGUAAACAUGAGAAUUGCUGCUGGAGAAUCUUUGGCACUUCUGUUUGAGCUGGCCAGAGGGAUGGAGAGUGACUUUUUUUAUGAAGACAUGGAGUCUUUGACUCAAAUGCUUAGGGCAUUGGCUACAGAUGGAAAUAAGCACCGGGCCAAAGUGGACAAACGAAAGCAGCGGUCGGUAUUCAGAGAUGUUCUGAGGGCAGUGGAGGAACGGGAUUUUCCAACAGAAACUGUUAAAUUUGGUCCUGAGCGUAUGUAUAUUGAUUGCUGGGUCAAAAAACACACCUACGACACCUUUAAAGAGGUGCUUGGCUCAGGGAUGCAGUACCAUUUGCAAUCAAAUGAAUUCCUUCGCAAUGUGUUUGAACUUGGUCCCCCGGUGAUGCUUGAUGCUGCAACUCUGAAAACGAUGAAAAUUUCACGUUUUGAAAGGCAUUUAUAUAACUCUGCAGCCUUCAAAGCCCGAACAAAAGCUCGGAGCAAAUGUCGAGAUAAGAGAGCAGAUGUUGGAGAAUUCUUCUAGAUUUCCAGCACUUGAAAAUUGUUUUCUGAUCUUAACUUUUUUUCUUUUUCUUUUUAAUUUCUAAUGUACUUAAAUUGUAGAGACAGUUUUUAUCUUGGGGUCAACAUAGAUAACUUUUUUAGCCAGGGAUUAUAUAUUAUAACUUAAUGUACAGUAUUAUAAAUGGUGAAUUCUAAUGAAUAA